AUGGCGUUAUAUUGUGCAAUAUCGAAUGAAGUGCCUGAAAUCCCCGUGGUGUCUCCUGCGUCGGGAGCUGUAUUUGAAAAGCGAGUAAUUGAGAAAUACAUUAUAGAAAAUGGGGUGGACCCUAUCAAUGGCAAGGAUUUGCGAGUUGAGGAUCUUAUUGAGAUCAAAACACCACCAAUAGUAAAGCCAAAGCCUCCCAGUGCCACAUCCAUUCCGGCCACAUUAAAGAGUAUGCAGGAUGAGUGGGAUGCGCUCAUGUUACAUGCAUUUACACAGCGCCAACAGCUACAAACUGCAAGACAGGAGUUAAGUCACGCCUUGUACCAGCACGAUGCGGCGUGUCGUGUAAUCGCUCGCCUCACUAAAGAGGUGACGGCGGCACGUGAAGCGCUGGCUACGCUUAAGCCUCAAGCUGGUAUUGUCGCACCACAGCCUACACACCAGGCGGAGGCAGGAGCUGCCGGCGGCGGCGCGGCGCCGGUGGGCAUGUCCGGGGAGGUGGUGGCGCGCCUGCAGGAGCGCGCCACGGCGCUCACGCAGGAGCGCAAGCGGCGCGGCCGCACCGUGCCCGAGGGGCUGCUCGCGCCCGACCAGCUGCGGGCCUUCCUCACCCUCGCCUCGCAUCCUGGUUUACACUCUGCCAGUGUACCUGGUAUAUUGGCUUUGGACAUCAACCCAUCGGACCACAGCAAGUUAUUGACCGGUGGUAAUGACCGCAAUGCAACUGUCUUCAACAAGGACACAGAACAGGUGGUGGCUAUUCUCAAAGGCCACAGCAAGAAGGUCACUAGGGUCAUAUACCAUCCGGAUGAGGACACAGUUAUUACAGCAUCACCUGAUCAUACUAUUCGUGUGUGGAAUGUGCCCACGUCUCAAACAACGGUAAUUCUCCGUUCCCACGAGGGUCCUGUGACAGGAUUGUCUCUUCACCCAACUGGUGACUAUGUGCUUUCCACAUCCACGGACCAACACUGGGCUUUCUCAGACAUACGCACCGGCACACUGCUAACUAAAGUGAGCGACUUCUCAGGCGUCAGUCUCACCACGGCACAAUUCCAUCCCGACGGUCUUAUCUUCGGUACCGGCACAGAGAACUCGCAAGUGAAAAUCUGGGAUUUGAAGGAACAGAGCAACGUGGCCAACUUCCCUGGACACGUAGGACCGGUAACGUCUAUAUCCUUCUCUGAGAACGGUUACUAUUUAGCGACGGCAGCUGAGGAUGCGUGUGUGAAACUAUGGGACUUGCGUAAGCUGAAGAACUUCAAAACAAUCCAACUGGAGGAAGGUUACGCUAUCAAGGAGCUGUGCUUCGAUCAGAGCGGUACAUACUUGGCCAUCGCCGGUACGGACGUGCGAGUAUACCUGUGCCGGCAGUGGCAGGAGCUGAAGGUGUUCAACGACCACACGGCGUCCGCCACGGGCGUGCGCUUCGGUAAGAACGCCCAGUACAUCGCUUCCACCAGUAUGGACCGGACGCUCAAGUUGUAUGGGAUAGAAUAG